AUGCCGCGGCCAAGCCAAGAUGGGUUAGAAUGGAAAGAGACACUGUUUGAACUUGUGCCGCAGUGGAUGCGAGACCCUUCGAUUGCCGCAAUCGAAAACGUGUGUCGCCAGCAUUUAAGCAUCGCCCCCAAGGACCCCUGCACCGUCGCCUUCCACACAUCCGGCCUGUUCAACAAACUCUACAUCGUCGAAUCUGCUAGCGGCCCUCGCAUGAUGCGCGUCUCGCUGCCCGUCUAUCCCCGCCACAAGACCCGCGCCGAGGUAGCCACCUUGUGCUGGGUGCGCGAGAACAUCACGAUCCCCGUCCCCAACGUGUUUGCUUUUGACGACACCAACGACACGAGAUCGGUUUCGAGUCGUCUUCACGAAGCGGGUCGCGACAUUCCAGGCCUAGUUGUCGGGACGUGGGAAACCGGAGUCCAUAUUCAGGGCAUAGGGACGUUGGAUCUGCGGAAAGUCGAUCAAGUCGAUCAGGGACAUGGCGCUGAAGAUUUGGACAAGGUCUCUCCUGGUCUACUGGUGUCCCACGAGUUCUUUAUGGGCGAUCAUCUUUACUACGACAUUCCACGAGGCCCCUUCCGCUCUAGCCAUGACUGGUUGAGCGCGGUGUUGAACAUCAUCAUAGUACACCAGACAGCAGUCCUCGAGAAGACGGACGAUGAAGACGAGAAAGAAGACGCCGAGGAAAUCUUGCCUGUGGCGCGGAGACUGCUCGCUCUUGUUCCCAAGGUCUUUCCCGCACAUCCGGACGAAGCAGAGACAACAGCACUCUACCACCACGACCUCCAUCUAAACAACAUCUUGGUGAAUGAAAAAGGCGAAAUCACGGCCGUUUUGGACUGGGAAUCCAUCUCAGCAAUGCCUCUAUGGAUGGCGACCAUGGUUCCCAAGGUCUUGGACGAGCCAGUUCGGGAGGAGGAGCCGCAGCUGCAUAUGUACAUGGAUGAGAUACCUGAGAAGUGCAACGAUAAGAACAAAUGCAAGAAUGAGCUGUACUUCAUACACAGGAUGGAGUGGGAAACAACGCAGCUGCGGAAGGUCUACAACGUCACGCUGAGGGAGCUGUGGCCAGAGUGGUCGCUCGAAGAAAGCUAUGUGGAGCUCGAUUUCUUCCAGGCAGUCUCUCAAUGUGACGGGAUAUGGGUGAAGAAGGCAGUCAGAGGGGCCGAUUACCUGGAGAAGGGUCAAGUUAUGCGAUUCAAGGACUUGUGGGGAAGUGGGCUCGGUUUGUAG